AUGGACUUCGAGUUGACGCUUUUCCUCUGGCUAGAGGGUUUCUUUCCAAAACAAGUGGUUUACUAUCUCCUGAUCAAGGGCCUCGCUGACUCCCCCGCCCAACUGUACGAGGGCAAGACCAACGACCCAAAACUACGAAUCAAUGUCCUUGCUUUCAACGGUACCAAGAUAGACGAUAUCAAUUCUGACGACCCAAAGCCUGUCGGCAAAAGCACUCCUUGCCUGCGGAUUGUUGAUACGACAGGCAAGACACCACCACGCUGGGUCCAUGAGAGCACUUCCAUUCGCGCAUUCUUGGAGGAAAUUUACCCAGAUAAACCGUCCAUGAUCAGCCCCACGCCUUUCGGGCGCGCACUUACAAGUGAUAUAUACUCGACAGUUCUUCAGGCAUUCAACGACUGCAAUCACUAUAUAAAGAAUGCAGCAUCGGUAACGACCAUCUGGUCUGGGCUGAAGGAUGAGGACCGAAGCCUUGCAGUAGCAAGGCACGCGAGGAGCGGCAUGGUUCGGUCUUUGCUCAAGACUCAAGAGUGGGCAGCAGAGAGCCUCGAGGCAGGAGGAUGGCUUACACAGGGACUGGGCUACCCUGGAUUGGCUGAUGUAGCUCUUGCAGGAGGAGUACGCUAUAUGGAACUGAGCUAUUCACUGCAAAUUUUGGAAGAUGAGCGACUCAGCUUAUUGAGAAGUUGGUAUGCUAGGUUCCAGCAGCUUGCCUGGUGGAAAGAGCUGGAGGAGGCUGGGAGACAUCCCAAGGCCUUGGUAUAUCCCAGUGAUUGUCGGGAAGUCUGA